AGUCUUUAGUUUGCGCUUACGUAUUCGAAUGCACUUUCCUGAUAGCAAAAGAACAAAAUACGAAAUAAAGGAAAAAAGUUUAACCAAGAACGGUUGUCCAGUAAUAGAACAACCAUCACAUUCAAAAAUGGUUUCUUGUGUUUUGAAGAUCGUGGUUUUUGGUGUUGUCGCUGUUUUAUUGGUUGAUGCAACAACACCUACAGUGGUACUGGCUGCUCAGAAUGAGGACAAUGGACCGCGAGGUGAAGACGAUUGCCAAACAGUACCAAUGGAACCGAACGAAUGUGGGCUUGCUGGUAAAUGGAAGAAUCAGCUAAAAUCUGAAAUGAAAAUAAUAUGUCAGAAUGGUGAAGUCACUGGCAAAUAUAACACAGCUGUGGGUAGAGCUUCAAAUUAUUACCAGCUUGUUGGUAGAUAUACAAGAGUUGGCACGAACUCUACGGAUACUAUACUGGGCUGGUCCGUAUCCUGGAAUAAUGACGUCUAUGGAAACUCCAACUCGACAACAUCUUGGACGGGAAUACAUUACAGAGAUGAAGGAAACAUCCACACUCACUGGAUUUUGGUUCGUUAUCAUACCAAGCCUAAUCUAUGGAAAACAAGUAUGAUCGGCCAUGAUGAAUUUCAUCGAACCUGUUGAGAAGCUUUUUCAAAAGAGACACUGUAAUCACGCACACACGUUCUGAGAUACUCUUAAGAUUGUGAGAAAUUUUAGGUUUGCAAUGAUUUAGGAAAAAAUUAUUACGUGUUUAGAGAUUUAUUUGAAGUCAUCUCGAUUAUAUAAACAUGUUGGCAUAUAUUAAAAACUCAGUCCAUUGAUCAAAAAUAUUUUACGUCAGAUAUACUUCGUUUGGAAGUUGGGCUAAUAUGCAGUGUGUGUAACUGAUAUUUACUCCUACAGCUUUGAAUGUUCAAGAUGUGUAACUGGCAUUUACUGAUAGAACUUUGUUCUGUUUGUAUCUGAUAUUCACUGAUAUCGUAUUUUUCGGACAUUAUUAAGCAAAUUAAUGUUUACAUUUACAAUAUUUGUUGACAUUUACUACAGUUUUGUAGUUUGUACUCUCUAGGUACAUAAUAUUUACUGUUACAUCCGUCGAAGAUAUAUUCGAAGUCUGAGUACAUAAACUUGAGGAAAUUAAAAUGAUCCUAAAAACCUAUGGUCAGAUUUAAAAUCACUUGGAUAUAGUAACAAAAGUAGUUCUUCUCCUAGUAUUAUUCUAAACAUAGAUAGUGCUAGUUGUUUUCAGCCUUCUAAGAUUGCUAAUCAUUUUUUACCAGUGUUGCUUCUAGAUAGUUAAAAUACAUUUGCCUUACAACCUAUUUACUGUUGAUUCUGACAGUUUUGAACAGUUUUAUAGGAACAGAAACACUGAAUCUAAGAAAUCCAAACUUUACACAGUCAGUGAAGACUAUAUCUAUAAAGAAUCGAGUAAGCUUAUCAGCUCUAAAAGCACUAGUCUAGACAAUAUCCCUGCAUGUUUUUUGAAAGAUGUUGCACCUAAUUUAAAAACACACAUUACCUAUUUAGUAAAUAGCUCCAUCUCUAGCCUUACCUUGUUAACUUAAAACUGCUAAAGUUAAACCUGUGUUUAUGAAAACUAGUAGAUCUAAUGUAUCAAAUUAUAGACCUGUUUGCCUUCUGUGUAUUAUAUAAAAAUUUUAGAAAGAACUGUGUAUAGUCAGCUAGACUCUUUUCUUGUUAAACACGGUCUUUUAUAUGAACUCCAAAGUAGAUUUACAUGUAAUUACUCCACUGGCUCUUGCCUUAUUCACCUGUCUGACCACAUCAAAAAUCAAAAUUUCAAAGGAUGUACACAGGAAUGAUCAUGCUCGAUCUCCAGAAAGCAUUUGACACAGUUGAUUAUAGAAUCCUUUGAAACAAAUUAAAAGAAAUGGGUGUGGAGUCAGUUGAGUGGUUUCACUCUUACUUGACUGGUCGUAAGCAAGCAGUUAAUGUUAUUGGGUUCUUUUACUUUUUUCUGUACUAUGUCAAUGAUAUGAAUAUUAGUAUUAGUGAUAAUUGUAAAUUAUUUUAUAUGAAGAUGAUAAUGCUAUCCUAUUUUCACACAAAGAUCCCGAUGUUAUUAAAAAAAUCUUGAAAACUGUAGCAAAUGGUUGGAUUGACAACACAUUAUCUCUGCAUCUUGGUAAAACUGAAUAGAAUGUAUUUUGUUUAAGUCUAAAAGAAAAUUAGCAAAGGUUGACAAAUUCAAUAUAUGCUGUAAUGGUCAUACCAUAGAAUCUCAAAAGUAUGUUUAAUAUCUUGGAAGUGUAUUAGAUAACGAUCUUUCUGCCAUACCGGUAUCCAUAAUUAACAACAUUGUUAAAAACGUCCAUCCAAAAUUGAAAUUGUUGUAUAGGCAAAGUAAUUGUUUAAAUAAGAAUAUGAGAAAGAAUUUAUGUAAUUCUUUAAUACAAUAAUGUCAUUUUGACUAUGUUUCUUCAUCUUGGCACAGUGGUAUUUCAAAACAGUUGAAACAUAGAUUACAAGUAACUCAAAACAUAGUUGUCAGGUUUAUUUGUGGUUAUGAUUAUAUGAGAUUUUUUAAAGUGUCCGAUUUUUGUAAUAUUGGCUGGCUAAAUAUUGAAAACAGAGUUAAACAAUUAAGACUCAAUCUUGUAAUAAUAGUUGCCCAGCUUAUUUGCAUAAUAAUUUCUCUCUUGUCUCUACGAAACAUUCUUAUAGUUGUAGACAUAGUGUUAACAGCUUUCAUGUACCUCAGGUUGACAGUUUCACGUCUACUACAUUUUAUUAACAAGUUAUCAAUGACUGUUGACUGGAAUGGCCUUCCUUAUAACAUAAAAAAUAAAAUACAAGUCAAAAUGGAGCUCAUUGAAAGUAUGAAAAGUGCUAAACAAUCAGAUAUUAUUUUUUAUUAGUUGUAUGAUAUCAUUUUAUCAUUGGUGUGCAAUAUUCCUGAUUUAUUUUGUGAUAAGUAUGUCAUAUGUAUGUCAUAAUUGAAUGUAACUGUGAUAUUUGUGAUACUUGAAACGAAUACAUUUUGGUUAUUAGUCAGGGAUUUCUUUGGUAGACAAUUACAUGUAACUCUUGUAUAGAACAUCAUUUAUGCCAGUAACAGUUGUCUUUCUUUGGCCAAAUUUCCAUUAGUCUUUCGCAUUUAAUACAGUCAAUAUUUCGUACCUUGAUAAUUUUCACAAGGACAUUGGAAAUAAGUUGAAAAACUUUAUGGGUUAUCCUGUGGUAAAUAUAUGUCUUUAAAUUUAUAUAUGUAAAAAAAGGGUUAAUUCAUUGUUUUAAAAUCAAUCAGAGAUUAAACAUGUAGCUAGUUCAGGGAUACAAUUGAAUAUUUGCUUGUAUUGGACUUGUUCUUAAUGUGAUAUUUGUAAUGUUUGUAAUCAUGGCAUAUAUAUUCACGAAUAAAUCUAUCUAUCUAUCUAG